UCAAAAGAGGUAGUUUCAAACGUCGAUCUGUUUUGUAUUUGUUUUGUGUUUCCAGGCAAGUCAUUCAGAUGUAACAAGUUUUGGAAUAUGUGAAGAGUGAAGUUUAGUUUCAACGUGCACUAUAGUUGUCCAAAGGAGGUCUACACUGGAAUAAAGACAUUAAACAAUGCCUGAGACUGUCCCAGGGGUGAAGGAGGUCCUACCCAAACAGGGCCUCUUGUAUCAGGAAGACAUGCCCACAGUGGUGCUGUGUAAACCAAAGUUGCUUCCUCUCAAGUCUGUCACUCUUGAGAAGAUGGAGAAGAUGCAGAAGGAGGCCCAGGACCUGGUGAAACAGCAGGACAAGGAGGCCGCGGUGAUAGCCCAGAUGGGGGGAGGGGGCUUCAGUGAGAGGUUCUAGUUUGGGAGGGGCAUCAGUGAGAGGUUCCAGAUGGGGGAGGGGCAUCAGUGAGAGAUUCCAGAUGGGGGAGGGGCAUCAGUGAGAGGUUCCAGAUGGGGGAGGGGCAUCAGUGAGAGGUUCCAGAUGGGGGAGGGGCAUCAGUGAGAGGUUCUAGAUGGGGGAGGCAUCAGUGAAAGGUUCUAGAUGGGGGAGGGGCAUCAGUGAGAUGUUCUGGAACGGGGAGGGGCAGGUGAGGUUCCAGAUGGGGAUGGGGGCAAGAGUGAGAGGUUCUAGAUGGGGA